AUGGCCCGGCACAUGGGGCUCCUGCUGGUUUGGGUCUGCCUGUUUCGCGGUGUGGUCGGUGGUGUGGUUGGCGGUCUAUUCAACAUUCUAGAAGAAGAUGAAUUGUCAUCAACUGUGGAAACUAUAAGUCAUUUUCCAGAAAUUGAAGAUGGGGAGUGUGUCUUUCCAUUCCACUAUAAAAAUGGAACCUACUACGACUGCAUCAGGUCCAAGUCAAGACACAAGUGGUGCUCGUUAAAUGAGACUUACGAAGGAUACUGGAAGUAUUGCUCUGCUGAAGAUUUUGCAAGUUGUGUGUUUCCCUUCUGGUACAGACGCUUGAUCUACUGGGAUUGUACUGACCAUGGGGAAGCAUUUGGGAAAAAAUGGUGUUCACUGACCAAGAAUUUUAACAAGGACCGAAUUUGGAAAUACUGUGAAUGAUGGCGAGAUUUACCAGGGGAGGGGGAUGAAGACAUUUAAUCGUUCUCCUUGGAAAGAACCUAUAGUUUUUGUUGGCAGAGGAGAACCCUUUCUCAUUAGAGAGGGGUUUUUUUAUUUUUUUAUUUUUUAUUUUUCUGGGAUAUGAGUUGAAGGUGAUCUAACUAAAUCACUAGAGGUUUUUGAUUAAGGAUUAUGGGGUUUUAAUAUGGAAAUCUGUAGUUUAGCCUCAGCACUUUAAUUGCUAACUGUGUAAAAUUAGUUCCUUUUAAAAAUUAAGUCUAUGGGGUAGGCGUGGUGGCUCAUGCUUAUAAUC